CUUGCAGGUGCGCGGUCUCACACAUUUCAUUGCAACAAGAUUCCGUACACCACAGCCACCAUGAAGUUCCUUUAUGCAUCUCUGGCGCUGGCCUUGGUGGCAUUGGCUGUUGUAGGUCAUUCAAAUGCUGCUACAACGGACUCAAGUGACACCACAUCAGACGGCUCAUCUUCUUCUUCCGCAACAUCAGCUUCACCAGCAGCUUCAACUCUCAAGACAUCAUCUUCAGCGCCGGAGUCGUCCACUGCGUCCGAUGCAAGUAGCGGUCCAGACACUUCACCGGCGUCUCCAACAGCGACUUCACCAGCGUCUCAACCGGCGACUUCAACAACAGCUAGACCCCCGUCCGGCUCAGGCGUGCUGACUGUUCCCAGCAUGCUGUUCACCUUCCUGGUCCUUGUGAUCGCAAUGCUCCUGUAGGUGCGUCUCGUGACCAUGACAUUCAUUCUCAUUCAUGUACAUAUGACAACUCAUUGUGUAUGGCAACUCCGUGUGUGUACUUCCUGUGGCUGUAGGCCGUCGUCGACGAUGUUGCUGGGCCUUUUGACUCUCCCACUCUGUGAUGAUGGGCCCCGUCAUUGACACAGCUUACUGUACAUGAGAGGGCUGGCACUUCUCCUGCAUUGUAACCAUGGCAACAUUUCCAAAUAGAUUGUUCUAAUGAUUAACUUAAAUCAUGUAUCUUUCUAUUUCCAUAAAUAAUUAUGAUAAAAUCGCUAUGCGUAGUAAUGAAGAGCUACCGAGUAGAUUGAAUCACAAUUGAAUGUGGGAUCAACUGAACCUAAUGUAACGCUUCUGCAGUUACCAAACGUUAUCGCUUCCACAGUUAUCAAACGUUAUCGCUUCUACAGUUAUCAAACGUUAUCGCUUCUACAGUUAUCAGACGUUCAGGUCACGUUGUCGUUGUGUCUGUAAAUGUGUAAGUCAUGGAUGUGUUGCGAAGGGUCCUCUGUGCAGUUGUUGAAUUUGUUACACAAUAAACAUAUAAAAAUCUC